AGAAAAAGAAAAGGGAUGCCGGGCUCAUUACACAGAAAUAUGCAACGAAGAUGAGUUAAUUCGGGGAUUUCCUUGUUCCAACAAAGGAAAGUUGUGAAGGCAAAGUCAAUGUCUUCUUCGUACAUGUCGUGGAGAUCGUCUGCCUCGAACAGGAGACCAACUCAACCCACUAACACUUCCAAGAAUCGUGGAACUAUCUAUCCGGACCUAAACCAGGAUCCGACUCCAAAACCCGUCAUUCACUUUCUCGCCUUUGCCCUCAUAGUCUUUCUCGGACUCCUCCAAUUCUUACCGGCUUCCCAUUUCCGUCACCCCUCCGACCCUCACAGAAAGUGGGUCCCUUUUAACUCCCACUCCUCUCCCUCUCCCACCGUGAAACUCACCGUUGAUGAAGAUGACGGGUUGAUACACAUUGUUUCAUGGAUGCAGUGUUUGGACCUUAAAGUGCUGGCAGUCCUUGCCAACUCAACUCUUUCAAGUUCAAGAUAUCCAGAUAUGCUUCACUUUCAUUUCUUUACACCUCAAGGGGACAAAGACAAAGUUUCCUUUUAUAAGUUGAAAGUUUUAUUUCCACAUUCAAACCUUGAACUUCAUGGGCAAGAGAAAGUGAAAGAAAUAAUUAAGAGGGCUUCUUCUGAAGCAGAAUAUGACAGUCUCAAUCUUGAGGAAAUAGCACCUUUCAUUAUACCAAGUGUUCAUCAGUCUCUAACAAAAUUCAUAUAUGUUUCUCCCAAUCUAAUUUUAAUGGGAAGAAUAGAAGAGCUAACCGGAAUUGACUUAAGCGCUCAUGCCGCUGCAGCUGCUGAGGACUGCUCUAAUAGGCUAAACAGCUAUGUCAGCUCGGAUGUUUUGGAUGCUAUUCAAAGAUCGGCCUCAAAACCAUGGAUAUCCGUGACACCAUAUGUGAAGGAUGCAUGUAUGCCUGACUUAAGUUUGCUUUUGAUUAAUGGAAAGAAACUAGAGGAGUUUUUGGAGGCUGUCUUAUGGUGGAGUAAAGUUCUGAAUUGGAGUGACAGGAGUGAUAAAAGGAACCCUGCAAUAGGAUUAGCACUCUAUAACAGAUAUCUAAAGCUUUCAAAUUCCUGGUUGGUGAAGGAACCAGCAUCAGUAGACACCAUUGAAACGAGCAUGAUCACUCAUUAUGAUGGCCCCAAGAUUGUUUGCUCUGAAUUUGGAAAUGACACCAUUCCAGGCUCGUCUCAUGGAAACUUAUGGAUAAAGUACCUUCCUUCAAUGUCAAAUCAGAUUUUGGGGAUCUAGAAUAACAUACUAUUUGUGGGUUUACACUAUCAAAUUCCCAAUAUUUGCAGCAAAAGACAAGAUAUGUUUACAAAGUGCCGCCUGCCAAGUGCCAACAACCAUGAUUAGCUAUAAAUUUCUUAGCCGGCCCUUAUCUAGUUGUGCAUUGCUCGAUUUUAAUGUCCUUUGUUUAUAGCUAUCAACGCAAGGAAGUCAGAAUAAAUCUGUGAAAUAAUCUUAUACAUUUUUAUAUUGGGAUCAUUGGUCUGACCACAAGCCAACUUUCUGCCUUGUAUAUAACCUUGUUGUUUCCCCAUGGAGGUUUUAGUUGCAUUGGUACUUGAUAUCAGUUUAAUAUGAACCAUUAUAUUCAAAGUCAAAGGCUCUAUUCA